AUGUCUCUCAAAAUGGGAGCCGAAAUGAAGCAAUAUGUAUUAUCUAUACUGCCUCAUCUCAUACGGGUAAUGAAUCAGAAGGAUGGUCAGCGAACAUUGUUGGAAAACACAGCGAUUACGAUUGGUCGUUUGGGAACGUACUGUGCCGAAGAAGUUGCCCCUCAUCUACAUGCUUCAGUCUACGGAAUAUCAGAGGACAACGCAGAAAAAGAGAGCGCUUUCCGAGGAAUUUGCUAUAUGAUAAACCUGAAUCCAUCUGGGGUCGUUAAUGAUUUCGUUUUCCUGUGUGAUGCGAUUGCCUCGUGGUCAGCACCAAAGCCUGAGCUAAAGGAGAUGUUUUCACGGAUCCUGAACGGCUUUCGAAGUCAAGUUGGCAUUGAGAACUGGACGGCGUUCACAGCACAGUUCCCACCACCAUUGCGGGAGCGUCUUGCUGCGCAAUACAACGUUUGA